AUGUUGGGAGAGAAGAGAGCUCAAAGCAGAUUUGGGAUAGAGUGGGGGUCCCAGGUGAGUGGGGGUAGAAGCUCUGGGAGAGGGACAAAGGACAGAUCUCACAGGGCUGAGGAGCCCAAAUGUUAUCCUGAGAACACUGGGGAGAUGGCAGGAGAGGAGAUGGGCCCCAUUUGGGGUCUGAUGCUAGAAAAUAUGCCCCUCUCUGCUUCACAGGCUGGGCGCAGACCACCAGCCUUCCGGAGCCCGGGGGCCCAGGCACCCAGAAGAGCCCGGAAAAGAACGGAAGGUGGAGCCAGCUCCAACGUCUUCUCCAUGUUUGAUCAGUCCCAGAUCCAGGAGUUUAAAGAGGCCUUCACCAUCAUGGACCAGAACCGGGAUGGCUUCAUUGACAAGGAGGACCUGAGGGACACCUUUGCUGCCCUGGGUGGGUCCCGCCCCCCCCCAGGGCGCAUCAAUGUGAAGAACGAGGAGCUGGAGGCCAUGGUGAAGGAGGCCCCUGGGCCCAUCAACUUCACUGUCUUCCUGACCAUGUUUGGGGAGAAGCUGAAGGGCACGGACCCAGAGGAGACCAUUCUCCAUGCCUUCAAGGUGUUCGACACUGAAGGGAAAGGUUUCGUCAAGGCGGAUUUCAUCAAAGAGAAGCUCAUGACCCAGGCAGACCGGUUCAGCGAGGAGGAGAUCAAGCAGAUGUUUGCAGCUUUCCCCCCAGAUGUGUGUGGCAACCUGGACUACAGGAACCUAUGCUACGUCAUCACACAUGGCGAAGAGAAAGACUAGAAGGAGAUCAUGGACCUCCCCCACAGUCAGAGGCAGCAAACACUGGGGGUCGGGGCCACUGAUGACC